GGUAAUUAAGAUCUUGACACUUGCGCUUGCAAGAGUGUGAGUGGCAUCCUGUCGUUUGUAUCAAUCUCUGUGUGAGCGAGUAAAACGGUGUUAUAGUUAUAGCUAGAGCGAUGUUAGGUAUCAAUAUUAUAUAUCGAGAAAUCUUAUUGAAAAUUUAUACGUAUUAAGUAAUUCGAGAAGAACAUACCGGAAGAUGAGCACGUGAUCGUUAGCUUUCAAUGAAAUAUAGACUUACGCGAUCACUUAGUAAACAUGUUUCAAUAAGGCUAGGAUUUCUCAAUAGUUGAAUUAGUUUUGAACUUAAUCAUGAAAAAGAAGGAAAUUCAAUAAACUCAAGAACAAAGAUUUAUCCGAAAACAAUUCUCCAAUAGGUCAACUCUCUGAUAGUUUACUCCCAGACAUCACUGUCCAACACCAACUUAUCAUUCGUUGGGGCUCCAUGGCAUUUUGUCUUCAAUAUAUUUUCUUUUUCUCUCCUUCUCUUGUUUAUCAAUUUCAUAGGCUUGCGCUGAAUUAUAAAAGAGGCUUGUGUUGUCCUCACCAUCUUCAUUGCUCAUAAGGUUCAACACAUCUCCUUAUCAAUCUUCAGCUAAUUAGCAAUACUGCUUAGCAAUCCCAAUGGCUGUUCAGAAGCUCCUCUCUCUCCUGGUUUUCCAACUCAUGCUCGUUGCUUUUGUCCUCGACAUCGCCAAUGCUCAAGGCCUCCAAGUAGGGUUCUACAAGAAUACAUGCCCUAACGCUGAGGACAUCGUUAUGAAAACGGCGGCAAGCUUCAUUUCUCAAGCCCCCUCUCUCGCUGCUCCUCUCUUGAGGAUGCAUUUCCACGACUGCUUCGUCAGGGGAUGUGAUGGCUCUGUGCUACUGAAUUCAACAUCUUCUAACCAAGCAGAAAAAGAUGCAUUUCCAAACCUGUCGCUGAGAGGAUUCCAAGUCAUUGACGCAGUCAAAGCUGCUCUUGAAAAAAAAUGUCCUGGUGUCGUCUCUUGUGCUGAUAUUCUUGCCCUAGUUGCUCGUGAUGCAGUUCACAUGAUGAAUGGACCGUAUUGGCAAGUCCCCACAGGAAGGAGGGAUGGUAGGGUGUCUAAGCUCCAAGAUGUCUUAAACAAUUUGCCGGCUCCUACUUCCACCUUUUCUACACUUAAAUCAGAGUUUGCCGGGAAGGGUCUCAGUGUCAAAGACCUUGUCGUUCUCUCAGGGGGGCACACCAUCGGAAUGUCUCACUGUUCCUCCUUCACGAACCGUCUGUACAACUUCACUGGCAAGAAUGAUGCCGACCUGUCCAUGGACCCCAACUAUGUCGCCCAGCUCAGGACCAAGUGCAAGCCGAACGACGCCACCACGAUCGUCGAGAUGGACCCGGGGAGCUCCAAGAAGUUCGACGUGGACUACUACACCCUCGUGUCCAAGAGGAGGGGCCUCUUCCAGUCCGACGCCGCGCUACUCGCCGACAGCACCACCAAAGCCUACGUGCAGCUCCAGUUGACGAGCAAAUCGACAUUCGGCAAAGACUUUGGCGUGUCCAUGGUGAACAUGGGUAACAUUGGCGUUCUCACCGGCAAAUCGGGAGAGAUUAGGAAGAAAUGCUAUUUGGUCAAUUGAUCAAUUGAUUCGUUUUCUCUCAUCUUGAACUUGCAAAGGUUUUGCAUGUUGUUUGAUAUUCUUUAGUUUUUCCUGUUCUGAUUGAUUCGGAGGGUGGAAUGUCUGUCAAGGAAAGGUAGUGUUCAAGAUGCUGUUAUUUUAGUAUUCAUUGGUAUGAAUAAAUCGAAAAUAAUUGCGGAGUUGUAAGGA